AUGAUCGGAGAAAGCGUGGACAUCGACGAAGAUGCACCUCCAGAAGUCAAUCAGUUGCGGCAAGAGUUUGCAAAGAGCGUAUCGGAGACAUAUCUCAAUUUGUUCAACGAGUUCCCGCUUCGUUUCUUGUCUGGCACGGAUUGGGCCUGCACGCAGGAGAACGUGACAUUCGAUGUUUACGCACGAGUUCUGAAGGACACGGGCUUCAUAUUCAUGUUUAAGCAAGGACUGAUCGAAGAAGCCUUCAAUGGCAUUGUUCCAGGCCAGAACUAUUUAGAUGUGCAUGCCGAUCUCGAUAUGGUCUACCAAGUUCCAAACUUAGUAAAACACGUUGGAUGA